AUGACCCUCGCACCUAGAUUUGCUGGCCAGCAGCUCGCCGCCGGAGGCUUCGUGGGCACUAAGCACACGCUGGAAAUUUACUUGGAUUAUGUUUGUCCCUUCUCCGCCAAAUUAUUCCACACCUUCUACCCACUAAUAACCGCGUUCCUCAACAACCCCAACUCCGCAUCCUCCAAACACCUCCAGGUAAUAUUUCGCCAACAAAUCCAGCCCUGGCACCCUUCCUCAACCCUCACACACGAAGCGGGAUUAGCCGUCCUCAAGCUUGCUCCGGAGAAAUUCUGGCCAUUCAGCGCUGCGCUAUUCUCCAAACAGAAGGAGUUCUUCGAUGUGAGUGUCGUUAAUGAGAAGAGGAACGACACGUAUGUGCGCCUGGCAAAGAUCGGGGCCGAAGUCGGUGUUGAUGAGGGGGCGAUGUUGAAGUUGCUGAAAAUUAGCGAUCAGCCGGAUAAGGAUGGGAAUUUGAAUAUCGGGAAUGGGGUUACGACUGAUAUGAAGCUGAUGGUCAAGGCCGCGCGGGUGGUUGGAACGCAUGUUACCCCUACAGUGUUCUUUGAUGGAGUCGAGGAGAGAUCCAUUAGUAGCAGCUUUACACGCGAACAAUGGGAGGAAUGGCUUCAGAAGAAUGUCGUUUGA